AGGAAUUGGAACAGUCAAAACCACCUGAAGGGGGCAGUGAUGCGAUAAACAACAGUGAAACACACCACAGAAGAAAAGACGAGCCUCAUUUUGGUCAACAAACAAACACUGUUGCUAGGAAGAAGACAGAAGGAUCCAUUACCCGUGUUCCAGUGUCAUUCCCUGCUAACAUGAGCAAACAGAACAAUGACCCCAGAGAGAAGGACACCGGAAGUUUCUGGGGAGAAGCGUGGGCAGAAGAUCCAAAUGAUAUGGCAAUUAACUUCAGGAAGACAGCUCCCGGAAUCCCUCCACAUGGAGUCAAAGAGACGAUGAUCAUGGACGAGGCAGUGAACCUGGAGAACGCCACCACUAACAUGCUGACCUACGUCCGUCCACAGUUUCCAGGGGUGAGGCUUAAAGGAAUCAGGAGAGAGAAGAUAGAGAACGCCAUCAUGGACCAGAUGAUAAGGGAGGAGACGGAACUGAACACGGUUCCUCCAUCUUCCCUGAUUCACUUCUGCUCUACCACCCAGAGGGACUUCAGGGCAGGGGGGUUCAAGCCCCAGCCUAUUCCGACAGUACAUUAUCAUGAUUAUACAUCUGAAAACGCCGUUACAUUCUGGAGUGAAAACUACAAACAGGCUCAGGGUGUGACGGCCGUAUCCAACCCUAAAGCUCCUUUUAAGAGGUCGGCUUACUUCAGCACUCCUCUGAGUGAGAGGGUGGACGAUGAAGGGCCUCCACUCUUCAACUGUGACGAAUGGGACAAUUUUGACUUUUCCAUUUCGAAUUAUAACUAUAAAAAAAAUCGCGAUGGGAGGUUUUGAGUGAUAGUGUAAUAUGUUUCAUAACAUACUGAUAUGAUUUUACUGCAUGUAAAUGGUUUAAAACAAGAGUGUUUUUUUUUAAAUAUUUGAUACAUCACUGUGUUUCAGCAGACUACACCAACAGUACCACGUCACAGAACUUGCUCACUUUUCUGACCCUUCCACAAUUUACACACUGAUAAAUGUAGAUGAAUUUUUCAUACAUAGUUUGGUGAUGUUAUAUAAAACGUCCACAAACAUGGACUAAUGAUUACUGGUUGGCAGCUUUUAAAAUGGAUAAAAAUAUUUAGAGGUUUUAUCAUUAAUUUCUGUCAGAAACAGAAAUUAGUUUGUACUGAUCUGUGAAUGUAGUAGACUGACAGAAAAAGAGAUAAAA